CCGGACGCGCGCACGUCCCCUGGAGUUUAACGGUCGCGCGAGGCAGCUGGCCGACCCUGACUUCGGCAGUGGGAGCGGCGGCCAGACUCUCAAGGAAGUUUAGGAUAUUUCACAGUUCUGAAUGUUAGCAACUGAAAAUGCCGGUAGACGAUGAAGCAUCUGAAGAUGACCCGGAUUCAGUUUCCUCAAACAGUGAAAGAGCCUAUAUUUUCAAAUAAGAGAGUAUAACAAUUUCUGUACACUAUGGAGGAUUUUGACUUGGUGAAAACCUUACAAAAAGCUUCAUCUGUAGAAUCUGAUAUCAAAAAUUCUCCCCAUUCUCUUGGAUUGAGCUUAAAUACUAAUAGAAGUAGUACAAAUGGGGUAUCCUCUUUCUCAGGGAAGACCAGACCCUCURCCAUUCAAGGUACAGCUGAGUUCCUAAACUCCUUAACGCAAGAGCUACAGAACAGUGGAAAGACUGAUUCGGAACUUUGGAAAAACUGUGAGACUAGGUGGUUACAGCUGUUCAAUUUGGUGGAAAAACAAUGCCAAGAACAAAUAGUUGCUCAGCAAGAACAGUUCCAGAACCAAAUUCAACGUAUACAGGAGGAGAUCAGAAAUUUAGUCAAACUGCAGAUCAGUAAUGGUUCUUGGGCUUCCAGUGAUAAAAGUCCUUCAAGCAAACAAUUAUUUUCAGAAAGUCAGAUGGGUUUUUUUUCUGAAAAUAGUGAAAGAAAUGAAUCUGUUAUUAGUUAUCCCGAGCCUAAGGAGCCCGAGAUGCAACAAGAAAUGUCCACAUCACAGCCAGACUGUAAUGUGGACGGCAGCUCUGUGAGCAGUGGGUAUGGCACCUUUUGUAUCUCAGAAUUGAACACCUACAAAUCCAAGGACCCUGCAGAGCUCAUGGAGCACCCAGGCCUUCCCAAGGGACAAUACCCAGCACCAGGAGUGCAGACAGAUUCGCCUGUAGAUGGCGCAGGAAAUGGCAGUUUUUAUGCACAAUCUCCCGAAGAGUUUUGUGAAUCUUUAAAGGAAGAUAUUUCCAGUUUUCCUGAUGAAUUUGAACAUAAUUUUCUUGGUGAAAAUAAGAUUUCUGAAGUAUACAGUGGAAAAGCAGAUAGUAAAUCCAUAACAUCAUGGGCACAGAAGCUGAAGCAGAACCAAACCAAGAGAGCACAUAUAGAGGAUGGAUGUUCAAAAUCUAAGCAGGGGAGUGAGCAUAGCAAGAGACCUCCCAAUGAGAAGUCUGAUUUUGCUGCUGCUGCUGCUGCAYACCCUCGUGCUUUUUACCUCUCUAAACCAGAUGAAGAUCCAAGCUCUUGGAUGUCUGAUUCAGGAACAGGACUGACCUACUGGAAGCUGGAGGAGAAGGACAUGUAUCGCUGUCUGCCUCAAUCUUUAGAGAAGACAUUUGUACCCUGCACCUUGGCAGACGUGUCACCGAACCAGUCUAAUACUAGUAAUGAGAUGAAGCUCCGAUCACUGAAGGAUAUUUAUCAUAAAAAGCAAAGGGAAAACAAGCAGUUACCUGAGAGGAAUCUCACUUCUGCUUCCAACCCAAACCAUCUUCCAGAGGUCCUUACUCUAGAUCCGACGUUGCAUAUGAAGCCAAAUCAGCAGAUUUCGGGGAUUCAACCACAUGGCUUUUUGAAUGCUCUUGAUGACAGAAUAUCCUUUUCACCAGACUCUGUUCUGGAACCAAGUGUAUCUAGUCACUCUGACAUCGACUCAUUUUCACAAGCAAGCAAUAUCACUUCUCAGUUAUCCGGAUUUCCAAAAUAUCCUUCAAAUGCAAAAGCCUCAUCAAUGGAUUCUUGGAAGAAUCAUGCAUUCCAAAGUGAAAGUAGGACCAGUUCCACAUUUCCUUCAGUGUACACUAUGACGAGUAACAAUAUCUCAGUCAACACUGUAGAUGAAGAGAACACUGUCAUGGUAGCGUCAGCCUCAGUCAGUCAGGCCCAGCUUCCAGAUGCAGCCAACAGUGUCCCAGAAUGCAUUUCAUUGACUUCCCUGGAAGAUCCCGUGAUAUUGUCUAAGAUUAGGCAGAACCUGAAGGAGAAGCAUGCUCGGCACAUAGCUGAUCUUCGAGCUUAUUAUGAGUCAGAAAUAAAUAGUUUGAAACAGAAGCUGGAGGCAAAAGAAAUUUCUGCAGUUGAAGAGUGGAAGAAAACCAAUCAAAUUCUUGUAGACAGAUGUGGCCAAUUAGAUAGUGCUUUGAAUGAAGCUACUGGUCGUGUGAGAACACUUGAAAGUAAGAAUAACUUGUUGGAAAUAGAAGUGAAUGAUUUGAGAGAACGCUUUAGUGCAGCCAACAGUGCCUCCAAAAUUUUGCAGGAACGAAUUGAAGAAAUGAGAACAAGCAAUAAAGAAAAAGACAAUACCAUCAUUCGACUAAAAUCUAGGCUGCAGGAUUUAGAAGAAGCAUUUGAGAAUGCUUACAAACUUUCAGAUGAUAAAGAAGCAAGACUAAAACAAGAAAACAAAAUGUUUCAAGAUCUCUUAGGAGAGUACGAGUCCCUUGGAAAAGAACACGGACGAGUAAAGGAUACAUUAAAUAUAACUGAGAACAAACUGCUUGAUGCACAAACUCAGAUUUCUGAUUUGAAAAGGACAGUCUCAAAACUUGAAGCUCAAGUGAAGCAAGUAGAGCAUGAAAAUAUGUUAAGUCUUCGUCAUAAUUCUAAAACUCAUGUGAGACCCUCACGUGCCAACACGCUGGCAACCUCAGAUGUCAGCAGGCGGAAGUGGCUGAUACCAGGCGCAGAGUAUUCCAUCUUCACUGGCCAGCCUCUGGACAUCCAGGACAGGAAGGUGGAUAAUCAGCUGGAGGGAACCUAUGUUCCUGGGUAUUAUUCUCCUCCUGAAAAGGAUUCUUCUCCUGGAAGUUCACCAACAAGCUUCUUGAUUAAAAAACAAAGAGAGACUUCAGACACACCGAUCAUGAAAGCAUUAAAAGAACUUGAUGAAGAAAAGAUACUUAAAAAUUGGGGGACACAGACAGAGAAAGAGGAUACCUCAAGUAAAUUAGUGAAUUCUCGGCAAACUGAAUCUUCAGUCAAUGCAAAUCCUUCCCCAGAGAAAUGUGCUCAGCAGAGACAAAAGAGACAGAAUUCUGCUUCACAGAGAUCAUCAUCUUUACCACCUUCAAAUCGUAAAUCCAGUACUCCAACAAAAAGAGAGAUUAUGUUAACACCAGUGACUGUGUCUUAUAGUCCAAAGCGAUCCCCUAAAGAAAAUUUAUCUCCAGGAUUUAGUCAUCUACUUAGCAAAAACGAAAGCAAUCCAAUUAGAUUUGAUAUGCUUUUGGAUGAUUUAGAUACUGUUCCUGUGUCCACAUUACAACGAAAUAAUCCAAGAAAACAGCUCCAGUUUGUUCCUCUAGACGACUCAAAAGAAAAAAGAUAUUUAGAAAAUGCCACUGACAACCAUGGUAAUCAUAACUCUUGCUCUGAAUCCUUGCCAAAUGGAAUGAAGAAAGCAUCUGUGAGAUCGGCCUGGGAGAAGAAUAAGUCAGUUAGCUAUGAACAGUGUAAGCCUGUUUCAGUAACACCACAGGGUAAUGAUUUUGAGUAUACGGCAAAAAUUAGGACCCUAGCUGAAACGGAACGAUUUUUUGAUGAACUUACAAAAGAAAAGGACCAGAUUGAGGCAGCACUAAACCGAAUGCCUUCUCCUGGAGGAAGAAUCACUCUGCAGACAAGAUUAAAUCAGGAAGCCUUGGAAGAUCGUUUGGAAAGGAUCAACCGAGAACUGGGCUCAGUUCGAAUGACACUAAAGAAGUUCCAUGUUUUGCGCACCUCUGCAAAUCUUUGAGAUUUGUAGCCAUUAAAUUUUGAGACAUUUUGUUUGCACUAAUGUAUAAUUAUGCACUCAGAAGAGGCGAGCUAUUUUGUACUGUUUCUAAGCCUUCAAACAGUAGUUUUACAAUCAUGCUAUUCUUACACCUGCUAUUUUAUACUUCAGAUGGCCACAUAUUUUCAAGAUAUUUUUGUUAUGCUCAGGAAUCUCUUCUAUAUUUUACUAUUUAAAAAGCAUUAUUUUUAAAUAGUAUAUCUUCAAUUUAUAUCGAGAAUAAGGAAAUGUAAACAGGGCAGGCAGCUUGUUUCUAAACAAAUAGUGUUGUCCUUUUACAAUGAACUUUGCACACCAGUUUUAUAAACUUGUUCUACAUUGUAAAUAUAACUCAUUUUUUUUUAUAAAAAUAAAUGCUUAACAGCUUCCAUAACGACAGACUAACACAUGCUGAAUACAUUUUAGCAUACCUUUCAGUGGUGUG